AACAACCAUAUCAUAAUGGUAGAGAAGGGAAGUCUAUUUCUAAGAAGGAGUCCGGCGUUUGUGUUCUGUUUGGAUAUUUGAUCUUAGAAUGCUUAAAAUGCAUAGAGAGAAUCUGCUUCUUAUUGAAAAGUGUUUAUUCUAAGUCAUCUUGACUGAAGUUCGUCGAUCGAGAAGCGGGCCAGGCCCAUAAAGUGGACGGGAUGGGUGAUUUUGAUGUGAAUUUGAGUUGCCAAAGAGACUUGCAGAUUGCCAAGCAUAUUAAGUUCAUGGAACGAACCAUCAGUAUUUUGCCAUGUGAAUAUGGAUAUUUUGACAGCUCAAGGAUAACAAUUUUAUUUUUUGCACUAUCUGGAUUAGACAUACUAAAUGCAUUAGACAGAGUAGAAGAGGAUAAACAAGACAUGAUUAACUGGAUCUAUGCACAGCAAAUCGUGCCUUCUUUUGAAGAUGAUGAUGCCUCAAGGUGUGGUUUUAGGGGAGCAUCAUACUUUGGUGGAUCUUUUAACCCAAAGGGAGUCCCUGCUAGUUUGAGUCCAUAUGAAGAAGGACAUAUUGCAAUGACAUAUACAGCAUUGUGCUGUCUUCUAAUUCUUGGCGAUGAUUUGUCAAGGGUGAAUAAAAAGGCGAUAGUUGCUGGAUUAAAAGCGGUUCAACUUGAUAAUGGAAGUUUUAUGCCUGUGAAAUCUCAAGGUGAAAAUGAUAUGCGAUUUAUAUACUGUGCUUGCUGCAUCAGCCAUAUUAUUGAUGACUGGGGUGGAAUAAAUGUUGAGAAAGUCAUAAAGUACAUCAGAGACAGUUGGUCUUACGACCAUGGUUUUGGACAAGGACCAAGCUUAGAAUCCCACGGUGGUUCCACCUUUUGCGCUAUAGCAUCUUUGAUACUCAUGGGGAAACUCAGCGAAUGCUUCAGGGAAAAGGAAAUCGACAAAAUAAAGCGAUGGUGCAUUCUUCGACAGAAAAGUGGGUUCCAAGGUCGGCCGAACAAACCCGUUGAUACGUGCUAUUCUUUUUGGGUUGGCGCCUCCCUGCAGCUUCUUGGCGCAAGUGAAUUAAUCGAAAAAGACGCGAAUAGAGAAUAUUUGAUGGGAACACAACAUGCUACCGUUGGUGGAUUUAGCAAAUGGCCUGAUUUUCACCCAGACGUCCUCCAUACUUAUUUUGGACUUUGUGGCCUCUCUUUGAUGAGCCAGCCAGGACUGCUUUCAGUAGAUGCAGCGCUCAGCAUUUCAGAAAGAGCUAAAGAUCAUCUUGAACGACUGCACGCAUUAUGGAGAUAGCAUUGAUAUGAAAAGUUGAUUAUUUUUUUAAACUCACCAAUGCAGUUUUUAUGCAGGGAUUCCUUUUAGACAAACGUUAAAUUCCUGAAUAUAAAAAGCCUUUAAGAUUUGAUACAUAUCACGACUAAUAUUCAUUCAAUGAAAGUUUGGAAAGAUCCAUAACACAAAUCUUAUGUAAA